ACUGCGAUCCACCACUCACGAAACGGCCUACUGAUGAAGGUUUGAACUAUCAUUGGCACCUUCUUCCAUUCGACCAUGUCAUGGCGGUUUCGAAAUGGAUGGCAUGCAAGCGAUUGCGCCCGACACUUGCUAAGGCACUCCUCCAGCCAAGUCCAGCCUCAGUCAACUGCGCUCCAUUUCUAUCAAAAUCGCCAGCUAGAGCUCUAUGCUUCAAAAGAAGCAAACAGGCUGAGCCUCCGACAGCUCGUGAAACUGCUUUUGUAAAACCAUUUCUUAACAUACUCAUGGUAUGAUAGGUGUUUUUUGGGCGGUCUAUGGACGAGGAGAAACUCAUAAAGAGCGCUAAUUAUGUCCGCACCGAGCUGCCUGUCCGCAUCGCACACAGGCUAAUGGACUUGCAAGCCCUUCCGUACGUAGUGGUAACUCAGGAGGGCGUAGCUCGAGUCUAUGAGUUGUAUUGGUCCGCAUUUGAGAAGUUUCGGCGCUACCCUCAGGUCACCACUUUGGAAGAGAAUGAGGCCUUUUGUGUAUUUCUUGAGGGUAUCCUGGACGAGCAUGCACCCGUCAUCCCAAGUCUGUCACUGGGACUCUCCCUUUCAUCUCCGCACCUUCCACCAGAUUCACUAGAUGCAUUCAUGAGACGCAUGCUCGUAUCCCGAAUCUCAAGGCGUGUUCUUGCCGAGCAUCACCUUGCGCUCUCGAGGUCCCUCGGAACUAACAGCCUCGGUCUCCCCGAAGACCCACAUGUCGGCAUCAUUUAUACUGCGCUCAACCUCAAGCAUUCCAUUGACAAGUGUGCCGCGCUCUUGCAUAGCAGGCCGCACGAUAUCAAAGAUGAAACUGGGGAGAGCAUGCCGAAUCGUAGAUGGCCGGAAGUGAUUGUUGACGGUCAUGUUGACAUCAAGUUUUCCUACAUACGUGAACACCUGGAGUACAUUAUAUUUGAACUUCUCAAAAACGCAAUGACCGCUACUGGACUGAAUCACCGAAAUUCAUCUAGCCUUCCUCCUAUACGAGCCACCAUCGUCGUGGGCGAGAAUGACGUUGGGGUGAGAAUAUCUGAUCAAGGCGGUGGACUCUCAUCCGCUCGGAUCAAGUCACCCUCCGACCUCUUCUCUUUCUCUCACAUUCGCAAUGCAACACGCAUGGAUGACACGCGGCUGGGCGCACUACGCUCAGCCAGCUCGAGAGGCGUCAAAGCCACUGUUGCGGAGCAAAUACGCCCAUUACGGACCCAAGAGUUGAAUGUGAAUUCAAACAAUAAAGAUCCUGAACGCGAGGCUGGCAUUGCGCCACAUCCCAGAAUCGGGCUGGGCUUACCUAUGAGCAACAUAUUUACAACGUAUUUUGGAGGCACCCUGGAGCUGGUUUCCCUGGAUGGUUGGGGGACGGAUGUAUAUUUACGCUUGCCCAAGCUGGGCACGAACCUUGAGGGUAUUGAGCUAUAGACGUGAUAGUCUGAGUAUGUAUCUUCCUGUAGCAUCAAAUAACGCAGCUGGUGUCUACCUGUUAUUAGUAUUUGCUGCAUGCGCUUUUACAGUAGAACAUGGGCUGUCUUGGCAACCAGUACUCAUUAAAUAAUUUAAACAAUAUUUCGGCUUAAUA